AGACUUUUGUUCCAGCCUGAAGAAUUCUUGCUCUCCUUUUUCCCUCCUAACCUUCCACUUGUCCUCCAAGUUAUGCGGGGAAUGAAGUUCGCUGCAUUGUUUUGAAUGAUCUUAUUUUCACAAUGGAGUCCAGGAUUGAAUUCAGUAUUGAAAGGUCGUGGUCAAGGGAGACCUCGAGGCCUUCACUACACCAGACGCAGCACCAGUUCAGCAGAAUGAUGAGCGAUGACAAGCCAGAUGCCUUUCGAAAUGUCAGCCGAAAACCGGGCCUGCAGAUAUGGACCAUCAAUAACAUGCAAAUGGCUCCUGUUCCCGCUCAAGGUUUUGGCAACUUUUUUGAAGGGGACUGUUACAUUGUUCUAUAUAUAAAACAGAACAGAGGUUCAGGCCAGUCUAUUGACAUCCACUACUGGAUAGGAAAGACCUCCUCUCAGGAUGAACAAGGCUCCGCCGCCAUCUACGUCACCCAGCUGGACGAGUUCCUGGGUGGGAGUCCGGUCCAGCACAGGGAGGUGCAGGGCUGCGAGUCGCCUCGGUUCAGGAGCUACUUCAAAAAUGGCCUGAUCUACAAGAAGGGCGGAGUGGCCUCGGGUUUUCACCAUGUUGACACAAACGUCUACAACGUGCUGCGAUUGCUGCACGUCAAAGGGAGGAAGCAUGUCACAGCAACAGAGGUGGAGGUGUCGUGGAACAGCUUUAAUAAUGGAGACAUAUUUCUCCUGGAUGUGGGCAAAGCCAUCGUGCAGUGGAACGGUCCCCAGAGCAACAGGAGGGAGAAGCUCAAGGCGGUCUUGUUGGCUCAGGACAUCCGUGACAGGGAGCGAGGAGGUCGGGCUCAGAUUGGUGUCGUGGAGGGUGGAGAUGAACGAGACUCACCAGAGCUGAUGAACGUCAUGACGACUGUUCUCGGCCAGAAGCCUGCUCAGCUGAAACCGGCCACUGCUGAUGACCAACCCAACCUGGCGCAGAACAACAGCGUCCGACUCUACCAUGUUUUUGAAAAUAGUGGGAAUCUAGUGGUUCAAGAAGUGGCCACUCAGCCUCUGACACAAGACCUGCUGCGUUCCGGUGACUGUUAUAUUUUGGACCAGAAAGGUUCCAGUGUGAUGGUCUGGAAAGGCAAACAUGCCUCCCAGGAAGAGCGACGAGAAGCCCUGAACAGAGCAGUGGGCUAUAUUAAAGCCAAAAACUACCCACCGAGCACCAGUGUGGAGGUGAUGUCAGAGGGAGGAGAGUCUGCAAUGUUCAAGCACUUGUUCAAAUCCUGGAGAGAAAAAGGACAAACUCAGGGUCUGGGCGCCACGUACAGCGUCGGAAAGAUAGCUAAAGUUGAACAGGUGAAGUUUAAUGUGAUGGAGCUUCAUGCACGUCCUGAUCUGGCAGCACAGCAGCGCAUGGUGGACGAUGCUUCUGGAGAUAUUAAGGUGUGGCGCAUUGAGAAUCUGGAACUUGCCGAAGUAGAUCCAAGUACGUAUGGACAGUUUUACGGAGGAGACUGCUAUUUGGUGCUGUACUCAUAUCAAAGAUCGCACCAGCUGCAACACAUCCUCUACAUGUGGCAGGGCCGUCAUGCCACUACAGAUGAGAUCACAGCAUGCGCCUACCAGGCUGUCAAUAUUGAUAACAAGUACAAUGGAGCCCCGGUGCAGGUCAGAGUGGUCAUGGGAAAGGAGCCUCGCCAUUUCCUGGCUAUUUUCAAAGGCAAACUCCUCAUCUUUGAGGGAGGUACAGGCCGGCCUGGUGCGGUUAACCCCAACCCUGCUGCCAGGCUUUUCCAGGUUAGAGGAACCAGUGAAAUGAACACUAAGGCCACUGAAGUGCCUUCGAGAGCCUCCUCUCUCAACACCAAUGACGUGUUCUUGUUGAAGACUGACCACAAAUGCUACCUGUGGUAUGGAAAGGGCUGCAACGGGGAUGAGAGGGUGAUGGGAAGAGCCAUCUCUGAUGUGCUGUCCAGGCAGGACAAGCAGGUGGUGAUGGAGGGCCAGGAGCCAGCUGAAUUCUGGGUAGCUUUGGGUGGAAAGGCUCCAUAUGCCAGCGAUAAGAGACUGCAGACGGAGGAGCCGCGUCACAGUCCCCGGCUGUUUGAAUGCUCCAAUCAGACGGGUCAGUUUAGGAUGACGGAAGUGGACGACUUUGACCAGAGUGACCUGGACGAAGAGGAUGUGAUGCUGCUGGACACCUGGGAGGAGAUUUUCUUGUGGGUUGGAAAAUUGGCCAAUCAGGCCGAGACCAAGGAGGCGUGGAAUAGCGCCCAGGAAUACCUGAGGUUCCACCCAGCAGGCCGUGACCCCGACACACCCAUCAUCUUUAUCAAACAGGGAUAUGAGCCGCUCACUUUCACUGGCUGGUUCAAUGCAUGGGAUCCUCAUAAGUGGAGCGGAGGCAACUCCUAUGAGGAAUUGAAAAAAAAGCUGAAUGAUGCAGAAUCUCUCGCACAGAUCACUGUAGGCCUGAACAUCACUACUGUGGAUAAGGGUCCUUCAAGGGUGAGUGAAGGUAGUUACAGGGCUCCAGGGGGCCCCAUGAGCUCCCCUCCGCUCUACAGGGUCCAUGGGAUUGGUCAGUCCCCCAAACCCUCUACUCCCUCCAGCCCGUCCACCCCAAGGACUCCGACCAGCCUGAGAACCCCGUCCUCGGUGUCCGUGGCCUGGUCGUCACAAAGCAGUGGCAGUGGAACGUAUGUGAACCCAAAGCUCCUCAUCAACCAGGAUCCUAGUGACCUGCCAGACGGAGUGGACCCCACCCAGAAGGAGGACUACCUGUCUGAUGUGGACUUUGAGAACCUGCUGGGCACAACUCGCCUGGACUUCCACCGCCUGCCGAAGUGGCGCCAGAAUGACUUGAAGAAGAAAGCAGGACUUUUCUGAGAAAGAUUCGCUGUUGUACACCGUAAAACCUGCCUCGAUGUACCGCUGAUAAAACUGUGUGCAAGCCAAACUGUUGUAGAGAAAGUAGGGGAAAAAAAAUCUCACGUUUUUCUGACAAUAUGCCCAACCAUCAGCUAAGUUAUUAUGAUUACAUGUUUAGCAGAAUUAGCUUCUGAAUACGAUUGCGAUAUGAAGCAUCUAAUUUAAAGGACAUGGCUGACGCUUUAAGAUGAUUUUUAAUUGUGCUGCUUUAUAUUUAACUAUAUUCUAAAUGUUUUAAGCUGAUCACACUAUGCUAUGCUACACAUUAUGAUCAUAUGUCAUGGCUAAAUGAAGCAUCUCAUAUAAUGAAUAAACACAGAAAACCUUCA